AUGCAGGACAUUCUGGUUACAGAAGUGUCUGUUUCUCUCCCUGCAGUCUCACUGUUACCUCCAGACUGUCACCAGCUCACGGCUGAGAUCCUGGGAGUCGUUUGCAUUGUCCUACUGGCCUCUGUGUUAAAAAUUGUAACUUUUAGUCCCUGUAAGUAUCUGUUUAAGCAGAACAAUUUUCUCCCGAAUUGUCGGAAAUUUCAGAGAGGAUAUCCUUGUGGUCAUUAUCCAGAGGAGUGGUUCACAUAUUCCAGCAAUUGUUAUUACAUUAGUAAGGAACACAAAACUUGGCAUGAGAGUUUGAUGGCCUGUGCUUCUAAGAACUCCACUCUGCUUUACAUAGAUAGUGAAGAAGAAAUGAAAUUUCUGGGUUUCCUGUCACGACUGUCAUGGAUUGGAGUCUUUCGUACCAGCAGUGAUCAUCCAUGGAUGUCAAUAAAUGGCUCAACUUUCAAACUUCACAUAUCAGAAACAUUAUAUAAGAACUAUUCCUGUGCUUUGCUACGCGACAGUAGACUUCUAUCAGAAGGAUGUGGAUCUUUACAAAGAUAUCAUUGUAAGCGCAGACUUCGAAAGUAG